AUGAGCGGCGGUAUUGCAUAUGUAUAUGAUGUAAAAGGGAAGUUUGCUGAGAACUGCAAUAGAGAGAUGGUAGACCUGGAUGAAUGCGAUCUUAGUGACAAGAAUGAAUUGUUCACGAUGAUGCAAACUCAUUACGAGCAUACAGGUAGCACAGUCGCCAGGUUUAUAUUAGACGACCUCGAUAACCAAUUGAAGAAUUUCGUCAAAGUGUUUCCGAAAGAUUAUAAGAAAGCACUUACGCACAAAAAAGCGGAAGUCGAAGCCAAAAGAAUCGCAUUCGAUAAAGGGUUUGUAAAACCACAACGCCCCAAUCUCCGCUCUGGUAAAAAAGUUGCCGUAGUUGGAUCAGGCCCCGCUGGAAUGGCGGCUGCUGCGCAAUUAAAUUAUGCCGGCCAUCUCGUUACUGUGUUUGAACGCGAUGAUGCACCCGGUGGACUGUUGCGCUAUGGCAUUCCUGAUUUCAAACUGGAGAAGUGGGUAGUAGAUCGCCGGAUUAAAUUGAUGGAAGAAGAAGGCGUAGUGUUUAAAUGUUUAGCCAAUGUCGGUGUCAACAUCAGCAUCAAUGACCUGCUGCGUGAGUUCAACGCGAUCGUGUUGACAGGCGGAUCAACAGUUCCGCGCAACCUGGAAAUACCAGGCCGUGAACUGAACGGCGUUCAUUUUGCCAUGGACUUCCUGAAACAAAACAAUAAACGGGUGAGCCAAAAAGAUCCCUAUGCAAACGCGAAUAUCGAGAGCAAUAUAUUAAGUGGUGAAGUACUCGCCACUGGAAAGAAUGUAGUAGUGAUUGGCGGUGGCGAUACCGGCUCUGAUUGUGUGGGCACUUCUAACCGUCAUGGUGCAAAGAGUGUUACACAGUUUGAAUUGCUGCCAAAACCACCUGCAGACAGAACGCCUUUCAUGCCCUGGCCCACGUAUCCUAUGUUGUUAAAGACGACUACUUCGCACGAAGAAGGUUGCGAGAGACAAUGGGCAGUGGCAACUAAAGAAUUUAUCGGGGAUGAUAAGGGUAAUCUCCGUGCAUUAAAACUCGUCGAUCUCGAAUGGAAGAUCGUUGAUGACAGACCCGCCCAGUUUGUCGAAAUAAAAGGAAGCGAAAGAGAGAUCCCCUGCGAACUUGCAUUGCUCGCGAUGGGAUUCGUUCACCCACAACAUAAUGGUCUCAUCAAUGAACUGGGGGUUGAACUCGAUGCCCGUGGUAACGUAAAAGCAGGAGAAAAAGACUAUCGCACCAACCUGCCAAAAGUGUUUGCGGCGGGUGAUAUGCGACGUGGUCAAAGCCUGGUCGUAUGGGCAAUCAGCGAAGGAAGAGAAUGCGCCCGGAAG